AUGAGCGGCCGGGCGUGGGCGGCUGUCAAUAGAGAUGGUGGGAAUGAGUGUGGUCGGCCGGAAGAUAAAUUGCCUCUGUCUAUAUUCUCAGAGUGUUGUGUGGCUGUGUACGAAGGUGUAUCGCUUGUUGUGCGAUCCUUGCAGCUUUCCUCCUCCGCUAAGUUCCAGGAAUAUUGCACAAGCUCUUCCUGUAUUACAACUUCCUACACAGAGCAGAAUUACACAGAGGCAGCUGAAGCGUCAGAACUGCGUCAUAAGUACUGUCAGCGGCUUCUUCUGCUUCUACGACGUGCUGACGUAAGUGACGCCGGCGCUGAUGUGGGAGCGUUCAUUCAUGACGUCGCUGUUUGGCUCGGUGGAAAUAGAGCACAAGAGACGCUCGUAAUCUCCUGUGCCAAAGACAACGGCAAGAUAUUUACAGAAGGAUUAAAAUCGGGCAUCGCACCCACGGCGAGGAGGCCCAGGUCGCAGCCGGACCCCGAGCCCUCCGCCUCGCCCUUGCGGCCUCGGACGAGCCUCCAUUUGUCGCGGCGAGGGAAACAUCCGUCGACAUUUUCUCGAGCGCCGAAACGCCUUCAUCUUUACUGGGUGUGGCUCCCCGCCCAGCGCGGGGGCGCGGGGGCGUGUGCCGGAGCAAUGGAGGCGCCACACCUUGUCGAGGUGCGGGCGGCACUCGUCGCAGCGCCCUUCGCACGCCCCGACCCGCGUCCCGACGGCUCCCUUCAGGGCGCCGAGCAGAACUUCGUUGGGGCAGCGGCAGGUGAGUCCGGGGCGCGGCGUGAGUCGGGGAGAGAAGGUGAGGCGGGCCGGCUCGGCGGCAAGAUGGCCCUUGUCUCGGGGGAGCGGAGGAGGGCGGUACCUGGCCGCGCCCUGCCGCUCACCUCCCCCGCCCACACGCACGCCCGCCAACAGGAGCACGGCAAAGGGCGGGGUCGCGCCGCCACGCUGGCAUGGGCGCGGCUCUCGGCGCAAUUAGCCGGCGGGGGCGGCCGAGGGGCGAGUGACAGGAGCGAGCGGCGAGGUGUGGCCUCCUGGGCGGCACCUGGCCACACCCGCACCUGGCCGCCCCGCCCUCGAGCGCCCGCCACACCUCGGCGGCGGCGCUGGACACGGCGGGACGUUCGGCAGCCACGGCAGCCACUCAGUCAGUGUAAGCAGGGGCCCUCCGUGAGCGGCACCAGCACCCGCCAGCCCGUACCUCCACUCACGCCGCUCCUGCUCUCCCUCGACGGAACUUCCUCGCCCGCACGCCCUCCCGCCCGCACUCGCAGCCGCCCGCACGCCGCCCUCGGAGCUGUCCUCCCAGCCGCCCGCCGCCCGCAGCAGCAGCACCCACCUGGGGCGCCUCACCUCCGCCUGCUCCUCGGCCACGACGCGCCUCCAACCUCCUCCUCCUCCUCCUCCUCGCGGACGCUUGCUAGGGACUCCGGCUUAGCGUUGGGGCGCCUCCGCCUUCGCUCCUGCGCUUGCAUCCCGAGGGAAAGGCUGAGACCCGAGAGAGAGGCCACGAGCGAGCGAGAAGGCACAACAGGCGUGUCUGUCUGUCUGUGUGUGUGUCUGUCCGCCCACACCACCACGGCCGCUCCGCCGCCCGACACUACGGCGGGUCUCUCACCUCCACGCUCUGCGGCCGCCGCGAAGGAAGCCAGCCCCCACGCCAGCGCGUGUCCGCGCACCAUCGCACCCACGCCGUCCCCAAGGGCUGCUACACUGUCGCCACACACACACGUGUGUUCAUGGCGGGUGGGGAGUGACCGCGGGCCGAGGAUGCUGGGCGGCCUGCUGGCGGCUGCCGUCUUGGCCCUGGCGGGGCUCGCCUGCGCCCACCCUGACGGCGACGCGCUGGACGUGGGCGUGGGCGUGAGCAAACGAGACCUUGAGUUCAACCAGUAUGUGCCCGGCUACCGGCUGCGGGGCGAGCCGUCGUGCGAGGAGCUGCGCGCCAUGUGGAGGCUGAGCAAGAGAGAGGCCCGGCGCGCCACCUCCACCAACCAGCUCCCGAGGGCCCGACCCUACACCUACGGCAGACUAAUAGCGUUCGCCCCCGACCCCAACGCCGGCCCCUCCGCGCCCGUCUACGGACGCAUCUGGAAGGGGCGGUACCCCCCCUUCGCCAAGUCCUCCUCGUCCCAGGUGCCGGUCAAGGGCUCCUUCGAGAAGCUGAAGAUCAUGCUGAUGGACUCCGGCGGCAGCCCCCGGGGCCAGUUCGACACGCUGCGCAGCAUGAUGGCCAUGGAGCGGGGCCCCGGCGUGUCGUCCAAGGGCCGCCUCAAGGAGCUGAUCGGCCUGUCGGCCAGUGAGCGCCGCGAGCAGCGCCCCGUGGCCCUCGCCCUCCGCGCCGUCGAGGAGUCCUACAAGCCCAGCGUCAUGUCGCGCCGGGAGCCGCCGCCGCCGCCGCCCGUCGACAUGUCCCCGCGGACCAUGCGCGGUUCCACGCACUUCUCGCAGCAGGGCUUCGUCGGGCCGCUGCUGCCGGGAGACUCGAGAGUGAGCGGCGGUUCCCCCUGGCAGCCCCCCGCGCCCAACCCCAGCCUGCAGCCGUGAAGGACAACCUCGGGUGGUGGUCCCCGGAGCCGCUGCCCUCACAGGACCUGGGCAUUCACAAGUGGGCGCGAACGCCUCCCCGCCCGGCUGCCAUCAACGAGGAGGACCUUGGGCGCCGUGGGUGGACGCGUCGGCAGCCUUGAGGGGCGAGGGCGUCCCCAUCACGCCCGAAGCCACGUUCGUUCGCCGCUCGGAGGGGGGGGGGGGGGGAAGAGAGAUAUAUAUCUAUAUUCAAGGAAGAGGAGAACGAACCUACAAGAAUUUCGUCUUAGCGUAGGAUCUGGAAGGAGGACAAGAUAUGGAACGAAUACAUUAAAAAAAAUGAAAAUAAAAAAUGUUUAAAAAUAUGAUAAAAAAAAAUGAUCUAAAAAAAAAAGAAUAAUGAUAAUGAUGAUGAUGAUGAUGAUGAUGAUGAUGAUGAUGAUGAUAAUAAUGAUGUCGUUGUCCCUGGGAAUAUUUCCUGAUUCAACUUACCUGUGCCGGAAUUAUAUUUUGAUUCCUGUUCUUGUUUAUCAUAUGCAGUUCUCACAUUUUUUCCCCUCACUCUCCCACUCUCCAUCCAUCUGUCUAUGUCUCUCUCUCUCUCUCUCUCUCUCUCUCUCUCUCUCUCUCUCUCUCUCUCUCUCUCUCUCUCUCUCUCUCUCUCUCUCUCUCUCUCUCUCUCUCUCUCGCACUCUAUCGUCCUCCUUCUAUCUUCUCAUUUUUAUUCUGGAAACCUCAAAAUAGGCAAGGUAGAUUCUGGACUGUAUUUACGGCUAAUUCUUAAACGUAUGGUAUGCAAGGGGCAAAACAAUAUGACUGUUCCGUGCGAUGUACAAGUGUCAUGUCUCGUUGAAGGAGAAAAGAAAAAAUCUCAAAAUAAAACAAAAAAAAAUGUAUAUCAUAAAAAUACGUUGCUUUGUGAAGUCGCUACUUGAAUGUGAGCUCUAUGUAGAUCCUCGGUACGGUCCAAAUUUGCUUCUCGUAAUAACAUACCCAAUUAAAGCCGACACAUAUAUACAUAUAAUAUAUAUAUAUUUUUGUUGUUUUAAGAUGAAAAAGAUGAUCGAGGAAAUCAGUUUGACUGCUUCUGCCCCGUCGUAUUAAAUUAAGGUUACUGACACCUCUUUCUAAACUGUAUACUGCUAGGAUAUCAUAUCAUAUAUUGAUUCAGCAUAUCACAGAUGUCAUAUCAAACAAGUAAGAUGGUGUUAUUACAAGGUUUUUAAAAACACUGAGGAAAAAAAAAAAGAACAUGGACAUAUCCCGUAUUUGUGUGACGCGCAUCUCUCUCGUUGUUUUGUUUGUUUGUUUUUCUAUCUCUAUUUCUUAGAAUAACUCUGUCGUAUUGUCUUAUUCUGUAAGGAUAUAUAUUUUUUCUCUCUCUCUUUUUUACUUUGUUUAUGAAUUAAUUGGGGAACACUGAACCUCGGUGCUUUAAGGUAAUUUUAUUUUCUGUAUACCCCAGUGGGCAGAUUUUUUUUUUUUUUAUUGCAGUAGGAUGUCUGCCUGUGUAAUAGUAAUAAUACUAAUAAUAAUGAUAAUGAUUAAUAAUAAUAAUGAUUCCGGCAUACAUGUCACGCCUAUCCGACCACUCACGGUCAUAUCUCUACCUACAUAUCUGUUGAAAAGAUAAACAUAUCUUAAACUCCUGUAUAUAUUUUGCGAUAAUUGUAAACAAAAACACAAAAAAAUCAAUUGAAGAUAAUUCAUUUGCAGAGAAUUCAUUAUCCAUAUAUAUACUUGUCCAGGUAAAAAAAAAAAAAAAAAAAAAAAAAAAAAAAAAAAAAGGAUUGAAAAUAAGAAAGGAAUUUUAAUGAUAAUGAUAAUAUUUUUGUGUUCAUAUCUGUAUGUAUCGAUUCUUAUGACAGCAGCUUUACGUUAUUAAAUACAAGCGUGUGAGCACCUGUAAUUGAAUUGACGCCCUCAAGAAAACCUCUGUGCUUGCAAGCAACAAAGGUAUCAUAUCAAACUUGGCUUCCUAAACGUUGCAAAUUGCAAUCGCCAAAACGGCCGGUUGCAAAUCUUUGGUCAGUGCAUGUGUGUUUGUUUCUUUGUUCUCGACUUGUUUUUCUCUCUCUUGGCGUAUUGCAAUUUUUUUCUCGAAACAGAAUACAUUUUCGCACAAACUUGGCCACUUUUGAAUUACGUGGCAUGAUUCACUUCUGUGUCAAACUCAGUCAUAGCGAGAUAUAGAAUGUGUGUGUUUACCUCCCCCAUUGUCCAUCGAUACUGUGUCCACCAGUUUAUAUCAAUUAAUUUAUGUAUCUAUCUAUCCAUCUAUCUAUCUCUUUAACCCAAAUAUAUAUUUGUAGGCUGAUGAAAGUGGCCCAAAAAUAAUACGCCAAUGCUUCGAUACAAUCAAAAGACUGACGGAUCCAGA